GAUCCAAUAGAUUUUAUUAAAUUACUUAAAUAAAUCGUUAUUUCAAUUGUUGUUUAAUUAACGAAGAAUAAAGGUAAAUUGAAAGUGUUAAUUGGAUUUGAAUUCUGUGAAGAGGUGUUAGUUUGGUUGUCUACAACAAGGAAAUAUACGUUGACAAUCCGAUUAGAAGUUGUUUGUUUACUAGUGUCAGGCGUAAAAUCAAAAAAAGGAUUAUAAAAUUCUCGUUGGAAAAAAAAACAGAAACUUGUUACGAUAUGAGCAGGAUAAUUCCCGAGUUCAUAAUACGCGAGCAGUCGAUAAAGGAUGUGGAGCAGACGAUCAUCUACGAGCCACAUGAUAAAGACAUCAUUGCGAAUUACAUCAACGAUAGAUCGAUACCACAAACCUUCGUGAACCGCAUCUGGUUGUGUCUGAAGGAUGUCUUCCUUCCGUACGGUUAUCCGGACAGCGUGAGCCCCGACUAUCUGAACUACCAGAUAUGGGACACCGUUCAAGCGUUCUGCAGCACCAUCACCGGUAUAUUGACGACGCAAGCUGUGCUGCAGGGUAUCGGCGUCGGGAACACUUCGUCUUCGCCGCUGGCAGCUGCAAUCACGUGGAUUUUAAAGGACGGAACUGGGAUGAUCGGUAGAAUUCUUUUCACCUGGUGGAACGGACACUCGUUAGAUGCGGAUGCGAAGCGUUGGAGGAUCUUCGCCGACGUUCUCAACGAUUUCGCGAUGUUCUUAGAGUUGUCGCUUCCGUACGCGUUUCACAUAACCACAUACGUGCUGUGCUUGACCAGCACGAUGAAGGCGAUCGUCGGGGUGGCCGGUGGAGCGACGAGAGCGUCGAUAACACAGCACCAGGCUAUAAAAGGGAACAUGGCAGAUGUGUCUGCGAAGGAUGGAAGUCAGGAGACGUGCGUCAAUUUACUUGCGAGCGUCUUUGGUAUCUUUCUGCUCACACAAAUUGAGAACAACAAAGUGUUGGAGUGGUUCUUGUUCUCGUUCUUCACCAUGUUCCACAUCCUGGCCAACUACUAUGCGGUUAAAGCCUUGGUGUUCAAGCAUAUGAACGCUUCCAGAUUGCUGACGGUCUUGAGGACGUACAUGAGAUAUAACACUGUACCAAAUCCUCUGUUGGUGAACAGAAGGGAGCCCAUCUUCUUUCAAAACGUUAAUGUUAAGAUGUUGUGCGGUUUCGACAUAAAACUGGGUGAAUCGUUGAAGGACAUUAUGCAGGAUUCGAGCUCCGAAGACGUGCGGAUUCUGACUGAAGCGUUCGUCCUACGGCCGUAUUUCAUGAUUCCCGAUAUGAAGAGGAUGAUCAUCUACGUUUCUUUUCCUCCGACCGUAGAAUCUGAAGACGUCAUUGCCGCAUACUUUCACGCAGUCAUCCUUGGCAUCGCCUUGUGCAACUACAAUGAUAUCGCUUUGAGUUUCAGCACGAAGAGGGUUCUGCACCAUAGAAGUCCGCUGCAGAGGCUCGAAAAUCUCCUCAAGAAUUUCACGAGUUCUCCGUACACGGAUAUGGAGAUGUUCUCGUUGGAGAACUUUUACUAUUUGAACGAAUUCGUGAACGCAGAAAUGCACAAUUUCUUCACUGCUCUUAAUGUGAACGGAUGGGAUUUGAGCACGCAUUCGCUAAGAAUUGGCGAAUGGAAAUGCUCGGUGGAGAUGUCCAUUGAGCCCUCAUUCAGAAACCCAUUCAGCAGGAAAAUGCAGUGAUUUAUAUAUAAACGGACGUAAAUCCUGGCAUGAAUUGUGUUAUAUUUUUAUAUUUAUAAAUAAAUUGAUAU